AUGUCCAGUGAUAAGUCCAAGAAUUCUUCCCAGACCGACGGAAAGGCUGCUCAGAGCAAGAAGUCUGAGAUGGGAAUGAUGUCCUACAAGAUGUACGUCUUCGACCAGGAGAACUUCCAGGGUCGCAUGAUCGAGAUCAGCAACGAGUGCAUGAAUGUGUGUGAGAUGGGCAUGGACCGUGUGCGUUCUCUGCGCGUUGAGUGCGGACCCUUCGUGGGCUUCGAGCAGAUGAACUUCUGUGGUGAGAUGUACAUCCUGGAGAAGGGAGAGUACCCCCGUUGGGACUCCUGGAGCAACUGCCAGAAGAACGACUACCUGCUGUCCUUCAGGCCCGUCAAAAUGGACGCUGAGAAGCACAAGAUCUGCCUGUACGAGGUUGGAGAGUUCAAGGGCCGCAAGAUGGAGAUCAUGGAUGAUGACGUUCCCAGCCUGUUCUCCUACGGCUUCACCGACAGAGUUGGCAGCAUCAUUGUCAGCUGUGGAACCUGGGUGGGAUACCAGUUCCCCGGAUACCGUGGCAGCCAGUACCUGCUGGAGAAGGGAGACUUCAGGCACUUCAACGAGUUCGGUGCCCGCCAUCCUCAGUUCCAGUCCGUGAGGCGUAUCCGUGACAUGCAGUGGCACCAGCAGGGCUGCUACACCAUGGCCAGCAAGUGA